GAUAAAACUUACGGUGGCCAACUUAGUGUGGCCAAGUCGCUAGAAAUGCCGCAAUUAUUUCUGGAACAUACCAUUAGCUGAAUACACCUCAAACUAGCGACAUCUGGGUCGAACAAUCACCUUGGAGGACAUUUCAAUCGAGUUCGACGUCGAAUGAUUCGAUAUAUCUGCUUCGCGUGUCUGUUGUUCUCAUUGUUGUUCCUCGAGAAGUUGCCGCUAUCGACAGGGGAAGUGAAAAUGUCAAAGAUGCUCGCGGUAGAUUUCGAAGUCUUCGGCAUUGUGCAAGGUGUCUUCUUCAGAAAGUACACGCAGAAACGCAGCCAGGAGCUGAAUUUAAAAGGAUGGUGCAUGAACACGUCGAAGGAUACCGUGGUCGGCCAUUUGGAAGGAGACAAGGAUAAGGUCGAGGAAAUGAAACAGUGGCUUCGUCACACCGGAAGUCCACAGUCACGGAUUGAUAAGGCGGAAUUCCGCAACGAGAAAGAAAUCUCAGAACCGUCCUUCACAAAUUUCGAAAUUCGAAAAUAGGAAUAUAUAAUCGAGCAAACAAAAAAUAAGUAUUUUACGAUGACCAUUAAAAACUAAAGAGUCUCGUCAAAUUAGUUAAUAUUUAUAUUUAAUGAGACAAAUAUUAAUUUAUAUUUAAUGUUAAAUAUUUAUCUUCACGGUGGUCCUGCGAUGACACGUAGCUUCUAAUUUCGGUGAAUUUUUUUUGAUAGGUCGGAGUGAGUUGAAAUUUUUUUUUUUUGAAAUUGAACGUCAUUAUUUAUAUAAGA